AAUAAAAUUAAAUAAACAACUAAGUAAGCUAACAGAAAACAGGACAGUUUCUGCCGAUCAGUGAAAGUGCAGUUGCCUGAGCUGUGAGCUCCAUAGAAGAAGAUGGUCAUCAAGAACUUCACCUUCGUCCCGGAUGACCCCGACCUUGAUAAUGCUCGUCCUGGCUCUCCUCACCCCUUCUUCUCUAAGAUCUCAUGGGGCUCAUCUUCCAGCGAUGCAUACUGUAGCAAGUGCAUCCACAGUCUCACCUCUAUCUACAACAGCCGGACCCUAUCUACUCUUAUUCCGGACAACCGUGUCAGAACUGGCGCCGGAGCAGAAGCACAAGCAGCAGCAGAGGAUAGAAUCGAAAUGCAAAUAUUUGCCCAUCAUACGGAACAACAAGAUAUAGAUGACAAAGAAGUUGCUCCUGGUUUCCUAGCAAAUGUGCUCGCCUUCUUGAAGAAGAUAAGGAAAAUAAGAAGUCCGCCAAGUCAUUACUUCGAUUUGGCAGGUGAAGAAGAUCAUUUUGGGCAUAUACAUUUACAGAGAUUCUCUAUGGGUGAGCUGCAAGUUGCCACCGAAAACUUUAGCCCUGACAACAUCCUGGGAAGAGGCGUAUUCGGGAAGGUUUACAAGGGACGUUUGGCUAAUGGGUCACUGGUCGCAGUGAAGAGAAUGAAAGAGAAGUGUUCUCAGGCAGGGGAAUCGCAGUUCCACAGAGAGAUUCUAAUGGUUGGCUUAGCUCUUCACCGGAAUCUAAUCAGACUACAUGGAAUUUGCAUGGAUUCAAAAGAGCGUUUGCUCGUUUAUCCAUAUAUGGCCAAUGGAAGCGUAGCUUCACGUCUCAGAGCAAUUGGGCAUCGAGAUUCACAACCCCCACUUGACUGGCCCACCAGGAAGCAGAUCGCACUGGGGGCAGCAAGAGGGCUAGCCUACCUGCACGAGCAUUGUAAACUGAAGAUCAUCCAUCGCGAUGUGAAAGCAGCAAACAUAUUACUGGACGGGGAUUUCGAAGCUGUCAUAUGUGAUUUCGGCAUAGCAACAUUCAUGGACUAUAAAGACACUCAUGUAACUGCAGCUGUCUGUGGCACAGUUGGUCACAUCGCCCCAGAAUACCUAUCCAAGGGAAGUGUGUCAGUGAAGACGGACGUGUUCGGCUAUGGGGUUAUGUUGCUUGAGCUUAUUACUGGACAGAAAGCCUCCGACCUUGCCCAACUUGCCUUUGAUGAGGAUGUCAUGUUGCUUGACUGGGUAAAAGGACUUCUAGGAGGGAGGAAGUUGGAUGUGCUGGUAGAUUCUGCUAUGCGGGGGAAUUAUGUCGAAGAAGAGGUGGAGCAACUGGUCCAAGUUGCUCUUCUGUGUACACAAGUGAAUGCAACCGAAAGGCCAGAAAUGUCCAAGGUGGUCAAAAUGCUUGAAGGUGAGGGCCUGGUUGAGAAAUGGGAGAAGUGGCAGAAAAAGGAAAUGCUCCAAGAACCAGAUCCAGUCAAUUUGGAAGCGUCUCCUGUAUCAUGUGAAGAGGGCCAGUUUGGACAUAUCAAGAGAUUCUCUCUGAAUGAGCUGCUAGUUGCCACCGAUAACUUUAGCCCUGAGAAUAUUCUUGGAAGAGGUCGGUUUGGGAUGGUUUAUAAGGGAUGUUUGGCUGACGGGUCACUGGUAGCAGUGAAGAGGCUAAAAGAGGCUCGUUCUCAGGGUGCAGAAAUGCAGCUCCAAACGGAGCUUCUGAUGUUUGACUUAACUGUUCACAGGAAUCUUCUCAAACUACGUGGCUUUUGCACAUCUUCAAUGGAACGGCUUCUCAUUUAUCCGUAUAUGGUCAAUGGAAGUGUAGCUUCACGUCUCAGAGCGAUCGACUGUCGAGAUCCACAGCCCCCACUUGAAUGGACUAGCCGGAAGCAGAUCGCACUAGGGGUGGCGCGAGGGCUAGCCUAUCUGCAUGAGCAAUGUAACCAGAAGAUCAUCCACCGCAACAUUAAGGCGGCAAACAUAUUCCUGGACAAGGAUUUCACACCGGUCGUAGGUGAUUUUGGGCUAGCAAAGCUCAUAGAUUACCGAGACAUUAAUGUUGAAACCGCUAUCCAUGGCACAUUCGCUCACAUCGCCCCGGAGUACCUCUCCAUGGGGGUUGUCUCUGAGAAGACGGAUGUGUUCAGCUAUGGGGUUAUGCUGCUUGAGCUUAUUACUGGACAGAACACCUCCGAUCUUGCCAGACUUGCCUAUGAUGAGGAUAUUGUGUUGCUCGACUGGGUAAAAGGACUUUGGAGAGAGGGAAAAUUGGAAGUGCUGGCAGAUUCUGACAUUAAGGGAAAUCAUGUUGACGAAGAGGUGGAGCAACUGAUUCAAAUUGCUCUGUUGUGCACGCAAGUCGCAGCAACUAAAAGGCCGAAAAUGUCCAAAGUGGUCGGGAUGCUUGAAGGAGAAGGCUUGGCAGCGAGGUGGGUGGAGUGGCAGAAAGAAGAAAUGCUCCAAGAACCACUGCCGGUCAAUUUGGACACAUCUCUUGUAUCAUGUGAAGAAGUUUAUUUUGGACAUUUGAAGAGAUUCUCCCUGCGCGAGCUGCAAGUUGCAACCGAUAACUUUAGCUGUAAGAACAUUCUGGGAAGAGGCGGGUUCGGGAAGGUUUAUAAGGGACGUUUGGCUGAAGGGUCACUUGUAGCAGUGAAGAGGCUAAAGGAGGAGCAUUCUCAGGGCGGGGAGUUGCAGUUCCAAACGGAGCUCGAAAUGAUCAGCUUGGCUGUUCACCGCAAUCUUCUCAAACUAAUCGGGUUUUGCAUGACUCCAACGGAACGGUUGCUUGUUUAUCCAUAUAUGGCCAAUGGAAGUGUAGCUUUGUGUCUCAGAGAGCGCUCAGAUUCACAGCCUCCACUCGGAUGGCCUACUCGGAAGCAUAUAGCACUUGGGGCAGCAAGAGGGCUAGCCUACCUGCACGAACACUGUAACCCAAAGAUCAUCCACCGCGACGUGAAGGCAGCAAACAUAUUACUGGACGAGGAUUUUGAACCAGUUGUGGGAGAUUUUGGGCUAGCAAAGCUCAUGCACUACAGAGACACUCAUGUAACUACAGCUGUCCGUGGCACAAUCGGUCACAUCCCCCUAGAGUACCUCUCCACGGGAGUUGCGUCCGAUAAGACUGAUGUGUUUGGCUAUGGGAUAAUGUUGCUUGAAAUUCUUACUGGGCAGAGAGCCCUUGAUGUUGCCCGGCUUGCCAAUGAUGAGGAUGUCCUAUUGCUUGACUGGGUAAAAAGAACCCUGAGAGAGAGGAGAUUGGAAGUCCUGAUAGAUUCCGAUAUUCAAGGAAAGUAUGUCGAAGAAGAGGUGGAGCAACUGAUCCAAGUGGCUCUACUGUGCACGCAACUUAAUGCAAACGAGAGGCCGAAAAUGUCCAAGGUGGUCGGAAUGCUCGAAGGAGAGGGCUUAGCAGAGAGGUGGAAGGAGUGGCAGAAAGAGGAAAUGCUUCAAGCCUCAAACAAACAGAACCAGCAAAACACUUACCUCUUCCAUCCCGACUCCGCUUCCCUCAUUCCUGCAGAUGAAUUGUCCGGUCCCAGAUGAACCCUUCCUUCUGAUGAAAGAGUCCAAAGGUUGAACUAAUGUCUAUAGAAGGUUGGCAGAUUUUCGAUGAGAUUGUUAUAGACACUAAACUGUGAACUUUAAGACAAAACAGACCUUCUGAUUGCUUUCAAGUGUAAGAGAAUGCGGUCAUAAUCCUGGACCGUUACUAUAAAUGAGGAAGGUAUCUUGAAUUGUUACCUGAAAA